GCCACGUCGGUUCGGGCGUGAUUGGGGGAGGGACGGGUCCCUUUUAGCCCUUGCGCCCAGCUUCCCCUCCCACUCUUGUUUGACGCGGCGUUGAGGUGCUGGCUGUUGGUAUUGCGGAAGGAACCUUGGCAUCCCCAGCCUCUAGUUCCGGUGGCUACGGCCGGACGUCAACCUACUCUAUUGGGGCUUCCGAGCCAUGGCGACGAGGGAACCAGGAGAUGCCUUGGCACAGUCCACCCUUCCCUCUUCUGCCAGUCACAGCAAGGAAGCGCCUGAAAAACCUAACUAUGCUCUCAAACUUACUCUUGUGGGGCAUACGGCAGCAGUAUCAUCAGUUAAGUUCAGUCCUAAUGGAAAAUGGCUAGCAAGUUCUUCUGCUGAUAAACUGAUUAUAAUUUGGGGAGCAUAUGAUGGAAAAUAUGAGAAAACACUAUAUGGUCACAAUCUGGAAAUAUCAGAUGUUGCCUGGUCAUCAGAUUCUGGUCUUCUUGUUUCUGCCUCAGAUGAUAAAACUUUGAAGAUAUGGGAUGUGAGGUCUGGAAAAUGUUUGAAAACACUGAGGGGACACAGUAAUUACGUCUUUUGCUGUAAUUUCAAUCCGCCAUCCAAUCUCAUCAUUUCAGGAUCUUUUGAUGAGUGUGUGAAAAUAUGGGAGGUGAAAACAGGAAAGUGCCUCAAGACUUUAUCUGCUCACUCUGACCCGAUUUCUGCUGUUCAGUUUAAUUGUAAUGGGUCCUUGAUUGUGUCGGGUAGUUAUGAUGGUCUCUGUAGAAUCUGGGAUGCUGCUUCAGGUCAGUGUUUAAAAACACUUGUUGAUGAUGAUAACCCUCCUGUCUCUUUUGUAAAAUUUUCUCCAAAUGGUAAAUAUAUUCUCACUGCAACUUUGAACAAUACUCUUAAACUGUGGGAUUACAGCAGAGGCAGAUGCCUGAAGACUUACACUGGUCAUAAGAAUGAGAAAUACUGCAUAUUUGCCAGUUUUUCAGUUACUGGUGGAAAGUGGAUUGUGUCUGGCUCAGAGGAUAACCUGGUUUACAUUUGGAACCUUCAAACUAAAGAGAUUGUGCAGAAAUUACAAGGUCAUACAGAUGUUGUGAUCUCAGCUGCUUGUCAUCCUACAGAAAACAUCAUUGCAUCGGCAGCAUUAGAAAAUGACAAAACAAUUAAACUGUGGAUGAAUAACUACUAAAGCCAAGUUAGCAAAAAGCUUAUUUGAAAGAUGGUUUUCUAACUGGUAUGGUUUUUAUUUCUUUUAAAAAAUUACCUUCAAUUAUAAGACUUACAGAUUUAUAAUUCAAGAAUACAAGACAAGACAGUUGUGAAAACAAGUCUAGAAUCUACCUGGGGCUUUUGACUCCUAAUCUUGAUGCCUGUUAGGAAUCUCAGAUAUAUUUGUCCCUGUACAGGUUUCUAUUCUGUUCCUCUUAGUAACUUUUGUAGAGGCUUGGUUUACUUGGGAAAUAGUUCAAUUAGACAGCAUGACUGAUUGAGGUGGGCAAGAAAUUUUGCAGUUUCUGAUUUGGGAGGUCAAAUGAACAAGAGCAUGAGGCUAGGGUGGGUAAUAAGAAGACUGUAGAUACAUGUCACGUGCCUCCAGCACUUUUAGUGAUAUGUGAUGGAACAUGAAACGGUAUAUAGAAUUAUGUCAGUAAGUUGGGGAAAGUAAGUCCUGAUUUUUUAAUUAAAGGACCUCUGCCUCAUUAGAUAGUGCCAUCUUGUGAUGGCAAUGUAUGCUACAUUGAGUCGUGAGGCUGCGCUCCUUCAGGAUGUUACCUGUUAACUCACAUACUUCAGAUUCAUUGUACAGAAGUUACUUCUUGUGCCAUCACUGCCUGUCUCCCUCCAACCUCAGUGGACAGAUGAAUUAGAUGUUCUUGCUUUUUCUAUAAUUCCUAAAACUCAAAAUACAUUAUUUACCAAUGUGUCAUAAUGUUUUCAUGGGCCAUGUUUCCAGCAGAUAAUGAGCUCUGUGGGAUCAGGAAGUUUUGAUCCCACAGAGCUGAUUAUUCACCUUUGUAUUCUGUUUGAUGAAUGUGAUGCCACAGCUUCCUUUAUUCCUUGCCUCCUUUCAAUAGGUUUUAGUAAUAAAUUCCCAA